UUCAAAACGAUUAGCAAACUUGUUAUUGCCCUGCUUUUGUCGUUUGUGACUCUGGGAGAAGCAAGGAAGUCAUUUCUCAGUGUUCUGAAUAUAUAAAAGACUGAAAUGCUAUUUUUCAUAAAGACUGAAGAAACUGUCAUUGUAAGAUCAAGUUAUGGAGAAGAUUGGCCAAACUCCAGCUAUCUCUUCUUGCAAUUAGAAGAUCUUAAACUGCUGCAAGUGGUGAAUGUGACAAAAACCUAAUGAAACCUUGCGACAGAUGAAGAUGGAAUGACAAAUUUGACUGUUUAGCUAUGGGAUUCUGAAGGUAGGCAAGACUCAAGAAAUAACUUCAAAGUGCUUAGAAAAGACUGUCUUUUCAAGGUAUCAAUGCAUAUUGAUUCAAAUGUCCAAUGCUUAUUCUACUGAUGUGCAUUUGGUUGCAGUAUUGAAUUGCAGUGAAAGAGACCUUUGCCAAUAAUUCUCGGGGGCAGUUACACAAUUUUUUUCUUAUGUCAUUUUAUGGAUUUUUUUGACACAGCUUUUGGCAUCACAGGAGGCACAACAUAGGCUUUUGGAUUUAUAAUGACCUGCACAUGCCCAGGAGGUGAGGUCUAUUUCUUUGUUCUGCUUCUAAAAGGAGAUAAUUUGGUCAUUUAGAUAACUUGCACUUUAGUGUUACUGGCCUUGAUAUUGAUGUUUGCCAAUUUUUUUUUUUUUUUUUAAGAUUUUUAUUUGACAGAGAA